CUCUUUGGCUGUACUACAGCGCUGUAAACAUUCUGCUCAAUUUUAGCGGGAAGAAUACUCUGAGAAGUAUAAUUGCGUUCGUUAGCAUACUACAGGAGAUUGAUUUAUUUAGACAAAGGAGAGAUCUAAAUUAAAUUUAAACCCAAUUUUAAAAAUAAAUUUAUAAAAAAUGCCGUCCAAGGUAUUGAGAGAUUAUACAAAAGCCAGAGAACAAUUGAAAACGUUCUUAACGGAGUUUAUGGUAAUGGAUGACAGUUCUGGUGAAAAGGUAUUUAAAUAUAGAAAGCAACUCACUAAUAUUGCUCACCGUGAACAAGUUGAUAUCACAAUAGAAUUAGAUGAUGUUCAUGAAUUUGAUGACGAAUUAGCAUUAUCUAUUUCAAGUAAUACACGAAGAUAUGUCAAUUUACUUUUAGAGCUUAUUCAAGAGAUGCUACCUGAAUUUAAAGAGAGACCUGUACCCCCGAAAGAUGCUUUAGAUGUAUAUAUUGAGCAUAGAUUAUUAAUGGAAAGCCGUAAUAUUCACCUUGGUGAACAACAUGAUCCCAGAAAUAAAUAUGCUCCAGAACUUAUGAGGCGUUUUGAAGUAUAUUUCAAAGAUUUUGAUGCAGCAAAAGACUAUUCAGUGAGAGAUAUAAAAGCAGAUAAAAUAGGAAAAUUAGUUACAGUACGGGGCAUAGUAACAAGAUGUAGUGAUGUAAUGCCACUACUCAUUGUUGCUACAUACACAUGUGACCAAUGUGGUGCAGAAACAUUUCAACCAGUACACUCUCUUAAAUACAUGCCAUUAAAAACAUGUCCUAGUGAUGACUGCCGUAUAAAUAAAUCUGGUGGAGUAUUAGAGAUGCAAACAAGAGGAUCAAAAUUUAUAAAAUUUCAAGAAUUAAAAAUACAAGAACAUAGUGAUCAAGUUCCUGUAGGCCACAUUCCAAGAACACUGUCAGUAUAUUGUAGAGGUGAAGUAACAAGAAAGUGCUUACCUGGAGACCACAUACUUGUUACAGGCAUUUUUUUACCUAUCAUCAAAUCUGGCUUCUCUACUCGAGCUGGUGCAGCUCUUUUGAAUGAAACGUAUAUAGAUGCACAUAGGAUUACUUGCCUUACUAAUUCUGACACAGUUGAUGAUAGUAGCGCUAUAUUGACCACCGAAGAAUUAUCCAUAUUAAUGGAAGAUGAUUUUUAUAGCAAAUUAGCUCAAUCUAUUGCUCCAGAAAUAUAUGGGCUUGAAGACGUUAAAAAAGCUCUGUUAUUACUUCUAGUUGGUGGAACAGAUAAACAAAAAGAUGAUAUUAAGAUCAGAGGUAACAUCAACAUUUGCUUGAUGGGUGAUCCAGGAGUUGCCAAAUCGCAGUUACUUUCAUUCAUAACAAGAUUGGCUCCUCGUUCUCAGUAUACAACUGGCAGAGGAUCUUCUGGAGUAGGUUUAACUGCUUCAAUUAUGAAAGAUCCUUUAACUGGGCAGAUGAUGCUCGAAGGGGGAGCUUUAGUACUCGCUGAUCAAGGUGUGUGCUGCAUCGACGAAUUCGAUAAAAUGGCAGAUGCAGAUCGAACAGCUAUUCACGAAGUGAUGGAACAGCAAACUAUAUCAAUUGCCAAAGCAGGCAUUACAACUCGGUUAAAUGCAAGAGUUUCAAUCUUAGCUGCUGCAAAUCCUGCGUACGGUAGAUAUAAUCCAAAAAGGACGAUCGAACAAAAUAUUCAAUUACCUGCUGCUUUAUUAUCGCGAUUUGACUUAUUAUGGUUAAUUCAAGAUCGAGCGGAUCGUAAUAAUGAUUUGAAAUUGGCUCAACAUAUAACUUAUGUUCAUCAGCAUUGUAUACAACCCCCCACAGAUUCGAAUGUGUUGGAUAUGAAUUUAAUUAGGAAAUAUAUUACUCUGUGCAAAACAAAACAGCCAGUUAUUCCAGAAGUCUUAACAACGUAUUUAGUUGAAUCCUAUGUAGAAAUGAGGAGAGCAGCUCGUAAUAGUGAGGACAAAACCUUCACCUCUGCGCGUAAUUUAUUGGCAUUACUGCGUUUAUCAACUGCAUUAGCCCGUCUAAGAUUAGCAGACGUAGUUGAAAAAGACGACAUCAUCGAGGCGAAUAGAUUGAUAGAAAUGUCUAAACAUUCUAUUAAUUAUUCUGAAACGUUACAAUCCAACGUACAGCAAAAUCCAAUGAAUCGUAUCUUCUAUCUUAUCAGAGAUCUAGCAGGCGAUAAGAAAACUAUUAAAGUGUCGGAGAUAUUGGAACGAUGUACCAGUAAAGGAUUUAAACCCGAUCAAGUUAAUGAUUGCAUCGAAGAAUACGAGGCAUUGAAUGUGUGGCAAGUGAAUCAAACAAGAACGCAAAUAACAUUUAUUUAAUCAUUGUAUGUGUAUUUACCGUGACAAUGUAUAAAACAGUACUUUUUAUACCUUGAAUUUCAAAACUAUUUUUAUACAUUUUUAUCUACUGUUAGAAAUAAACUUUACAUUUGAUUGCUA